AUGUCCAAGGCGACCUUCGCGAUCAUUGCUGCGGCCGGUGCUGCCACCGGCGCUGGUGCUACCGCGCUCCUCUACUCCUUGAGAUCUCCCCGCCAGCAGACUGCUCCUCCAGCGCCUACUGCUCCCGCUGCGCCCGCUGCUCCGCCGUCCGCCGUGUCCACGGGGCCUGCUCCCCCUGCGCAGGUACCGACGCCCUCUCUCGCCGCCAAAGCCUCGACAGCGUCUCCAGUUGACCCUGCCGGACUCAUGCAAUAUGGCUUUCCCGGUCCUGUGUCCGACACUCUCAACUCUCCGCCUCUGGUCGGCGCCUACGACCGACGGACCCGGAAUCCAGCCUGGGUUGCGGAGCACAUCACGCCGCAUUCGCUGUCGCUGAACAACGCCGAUCGCAAGAACAGCAACUUCUUCGAGGAUACGAGCAUCCCGGCCAUGUUCCGGGCCAAGCUGUCCGACUACUUCCGGUCUGGCUACGACCGCGGCCACCAGGUGCCGGCGGCCGACGCCAAAUGGAGCCAGGAGGCCAUGGACGCGACCUUUGCGCUGACCAACAUGUGCCCGCAGGUCGGCGAGGGCUUUAACCGCGACUACUGGAGCCAUUUCGAGGAGUUCUGCCGCAACCUGACCAAGAAGUACCCAUCCGUGCGCAUCGUCACCGGCCCGCUGUAUCUGCCCAAGCGCGACCCGGACGGCAAGUACCGCGUAACGUACGAGGUGAUCGGCGAGCCGCCCAACGUGGCCGUGCCGACGCACUUCUACAAGGUCAUCUUCGCCGAGCACGGCACGGGGCCGAACGACAAGGUCGCCCUGGGCGCUUUUGUGCUGCCCAACGCCCGCAUCUCCAACGACCAGCGGCUGUCCGACUUUGAGGUGCCCGUCGAGGCGGUCGAGCGCGCCAGCGGGCUGGAGUUUGCUACCAAACUGGACGCCAGCCGUCGGCGUCGUCUGUGCCAGGAGGUCAAGUGCGACAUUGUCGUGAGGGAGUUUAACAAUUCGCGGAAAGCAUUGCCUGGGAAGUAG